ACAGGUAGGUGUUAGUCCUUUAAAAGGCAACAUGUUCCAGCUGGGAAGAAUGUGUCUGUGGCGUGGGACUGGAAGAUACAUUGCUUUGGAUAUCUGGAAAGUAUUGGUAUUUUGUGAAGUGAGCCCUGAACUGCUUGCUUGCUGCUGUUGCCCUCAGCUGCCCUCUGGUUGCACAGCUCUUUCUCUGAUGGUUCUGCUGGCGCUGUCAGGGAGGGGACGAUCGGCAGAGUGACCUGGCUCAGAACAAGUGAUGUUAGCCAGUGCGGUGCUAAGAGCAGGCCUGUGGGGAGAGCGAUAGCAAGUGUUCCUUGUGGUGGUUUAUUAGUUCAGCUGCUACGAGUAACUGCAAUUAGCUCGUGUGGUGGUCACUGAUUUGUAGGAUGCACUACUUUUCACGGCAGGUUUAAAUUAGCAUGUUUAACUCUUUGCUAUUAGGCUUCCCUGGUGCUGUUGUUGGAAGGUAUCGGUCAUCUCCACGGAGUCUGCAUCUGAACUGCUCCCGUGGGUUCCUUUUACAGUGAGAAGAGAGCUUCUCACCUCUCCGUGAUAUAAAGAGCAGAAUGGAUCCUACAGUAACCAGAGGAUUGUGGAGGGGUUGAUUUGGAUGGGAUCAUUUAUUCCAUGUAUUAAAGAUCAUUCAUUCCAACCCUGCCUUGGGCUGGCUGUCCCCCACCCGCUCAGGUUGCCCAGGGCCCCCAUCCAUGGCCAUGGGCACCUCCAGGGAUGAGGCACCCAUUGCUCUGGGCAGUGCCAGGGCCUCACCACCAACGUGAAGAGUUCUGACUUUAGCACCUUUCUGUAGGGGUGGUUGUAGUAAUCAACAUGUCUUUAUUUUGUCAUCUGCAUAAACCACGAGCAUCUUCUGUGACUUAUUUCUAAGUACUUAACAGAAAUGCUCAGUGUCAACAACUACCUAUGUUUUCAUAUCUAUCCAAUGAGAUCUGGACCAUAAUCAUUUCUGGGACAUUUUUGUUACUGAAACACUGUGUAAAACUCUUCUGUUGCUUUCAACUUUGCAUCAUCGUUGGUCUUGAGUCAAUUACUUUAAGUUCUUUAACUGAGAGCGAGUUACAGCAGAGAUUGCAACGUGAACACUGUCCAUGUCAUUUGUAUUACUUAUGUACUCACCUCUAUUUUGAUUAUAUCAUUACUUCACUCUAAAAGAAGAAUCUUGUAUGAUUUUGUUAUUGUUUGCUGUGGUUUUGUGUUUUUCCUUUAUUUUUUUGAUUUCCAGUAUGUGCCCCUAACUGAUGAGCUCCCCUGUACCACUCAUUUUUCUUCUUAAACAUAAGCGACUUGCAAGUGUUAUCAAUACUUACUACGUCGUAUUUUCAGUUUGGAGCACUUUGCUCUUUAAAGAAAAGUGCUGUGCAUAUUUUCAUGAUGAUUGCUCAUACUUGUAGGAUACACGUGUGUAUGGAAGUCAUGUUACUUGAGGUCAGUGAAAGAGCAAACGCACAGGCACUACUGCCUGGUAUUUAUAUCUGUGUAUGUCCUGAGCUGGGAGGAGCAGGCAGCGUUCAGAAGGCUGUGCUGCCAUCAGCCUCACCGUGGGCCAGCAGGAGGGCCUGGCCUCCAGGAGGGCCAACUGCAUUUUGGGUUGCGUUGAACUCAGCCAGCCUUCUGUCACAAGAGGUGGUUGUCCUGCUGGGGUCGGGGCAGGAGCAGCCACACCUGGAGUACUGUGUGCAGCUUUGGGCUCUGCUCCUGGAAGCACUGGCAGGAUGUGCAGGGGUGGCACAGGAUGGGCAGGGAUGGCGCAGGAUGGGCAGGGAUGAUGCAGGAUGGGCAGGGAUGGCACAGGAUGGGCAGGGAUGGCACAGGAUGUGCAGGGAUGGCGCAGGAUGUGCAGGGAUGGCACAGGAUGGGCAGGGAUGGCACAGGAUGUGCAGGGAUGGUGCAGGAUGGGCAGGGAUGGCACAGGAUGUGCAGGGAUGGCGCAGGAUGGGCAGGGGUGGCACAGGAUGGGCAGGGGUGGCACAGGAUGGGCAGGGAUGGCGCAGGAUGGGCAGGGAUGGCACAGGAUGGGCAGGGAUGGCACAGGAUGGGCAGGGAUGGCGCAGGAUGGGCAGGGAUGGCACAGGAUGGGCAGGGAUGGCACAGGAUGGGCAGGGGUGGCACAGGAUGGGCAGGGGUGGCACAGGAUGGGCAGGGAUGGCACAGGAUGUGCAGGGAUGGCGCAGGAUGUGCAGGGAUGGCGCAGGAUGGGCAGGGAUGGCACAGGAUGGGCAGGGAUGGCGCAGGAUGGGCAGGGAUGGCACAGGAUGGGCAGGGGUGGCACAGGAUGGGCAGGGAUGGCACAGGAUGUGCAGGGAUGGCGCAGGAUGUGCAGGGAUGGCGCAGGAUGUGCAGGGAUGUCCAAAUCAGAUGAUGCGGUUCGGAUAG